AUGAAACGUCGUGUGGUUUUCAGCGAAUCAGAUUCAGAUGACGAAAGCAAAUCUAAAGAAAAAGUUUCUUCGAAAGGACAUUCAAAGUCUCCAUCUCAUCGGUCAGAGAAGAAAAGAAAAUAUGUUGAAAAUAAUGAUGAUGAAAUAUCUUCCCGUUCCAAUACACAACAAACCAUCAUCGAAGCUUUAAAGCGGCAGCAAGAUUUAAGUAAGGAAACCAACAAAAAGAAAAAAGCAAAUACUAUUGAAGCGUAUUUCGCGCAACCGGUGAAAGUUAAGAAGAAAGAAGUUUCAGUAGAUGAUUUCUUUUCGUCAUCCUCAACAAAACAAGCCUCGUCGCCUCCACCAAGUGGUUAUAGUACACCUCCACACACACCACUAGAGAUAAUCCCAGAUUCACCGAUGGUACCUGAAACGAACGUUGUGAGUUUUGGUGGGAAGAUUGUGAAGUCGCCGAGUGGUUCUGAGAAGGCGAAGAAGGUUACCGAUAAACAAGUUGCAUCGAAGCCUCCACCAAGUGGUUAUAGUACACCUCCACACACACCACUAGAGAUAAUCCCAGAUUCACCGAUGGUACCUGAAACGAACGUUGUGAGUUUUGGUGGGAAGAUUGUGAAGUCGCCGAGUGGUUCUGAGAAGGCGAAGAAGGUUACCGAUAAACAAGUUGCAUCGAAGACUAAUGAUUCUCUCAAUGAUAGUACUGAACAUACUACAAAAGGUCAUAAGUCUUUCUGGGCUUAUAAAGCUCGUGAUGGUCCUCGAAAUCUUGGUUCAAGAGAAAUUCCUAAAGGCAGUCCAGAUUGUUUAAAUGGCUUGAAUUUUCUUAUCACCGGUGUACUGGAGUGUAUUGAACGAGAUGAUGCUACUAAUUUAAUUCAGAAUUGUGGUGGGAAAGUUUUAAAAACACUGGGUAAAAAGACUGAUUAUCUUGUAGUUGGACGAGAACCUGGUGCUGCUAAAAUUGAGAAGGCUAAUAACCUCAAGAUUAAACAGAUUACAGAAGAUGAACUUUAUGAAAUGAUUGAAAAGUCCGCUGGUAAUGCUGUGGGACAUCAUCAAUCAGAGAAAAUCAGUCCAACUGUUUCUAAAUCACCGAAAAAAGUGGAUUUAUCCAACAAAUUACAAACUGAAAAAACAACAUUAAAAACUCCUACAAAAUCCCCUAAUAAAAGUUCAACUACUAAAGUUACAGAUAAUUCUUUUAAGCCUCCUAACGAAAUAACACCUGAGGUUAAGAAAAAGUCGGUUGUAUCUCCUCAUAAAGAACCUGUGCUUACAGCACGUCCUGUUUUAACUAACAACAGCUCAUCAUUAUCAAAUAAAAUUACUAAGACUCAUAAUCUUAUACCAGGCAAAACUCCUGCUGAUAUACUGGCUGAUAAUGGAAAUCUGUCGACUAGAGGAGCAUGUGUAUCAACUGAAUUAUGGGUGGAUAAAUACAAGCCAACUUCUCUUCGCUCACUUAUUGGUCAAAAUGGUGCCAGUAGUCCAGCUAAUCGUCUUCUUGCAUGGCUUUCCUCUUGGCAUUCAAAUUUUUCAGCAGGAUUAAAAGCAAAGGCCUAUUCAAGUGCUCCUCCAUGGGGUCCAUCAUCCAGUGACGAUGGCAAGUGGGCGCGUGCUGCUCUUCUCUCUGGUCCUCCAGGUAUUGGGAAGACUUCCACUGCCAUUUUGGCAUGCAAAGAACUUGGUUUUACAUAUUGUGAGUUCAAUGCAUCUGACUGUCGAUCAAAACGUUGCUUAAGUGAGGAAAUAGGACAAUCUCUGGGUUUGCGGAAUUUAUCCCAUAUGGCGUUUGGACAAGCCUCACAAUUGAAUGUGGGUCGUCAUGUGUUAAUUAUGGACGAAGUGGACGGUAUGGCAGGUAAUGAAGAUCGUGGUGGAAUGCAAGAACUGAUCAAUAUGAUAAAAACAACUCACUUACCAAUUAUUUGUAUGUGUAAUGAUCGUCAAGCGAUUAAAAUACGCUCCCUAGCUAAUUAUUGUUUAGAUUUACGAUUUCAUCGUCCACGAGUUGAACAGAUUAAAUCAGCAGUUCUAUCAAUUGCAUUUAAAGAAAAUGUCAACUUACCUUCAGAUGUUUUAACAAGUAUCAUUGAUUCCAGUAAUCAUGAUAUAAGACAGGUAAUCAACAAUGUUCAAAUGUGGUGUAGUUCUGGUUUAGUCGACUCUGAAGGAUUAAAAGCCGAUGCAUUAGGUGCACGUAAAGAUUUACACUUGAAUGCAUUUGAUAUUAUUCGUAAGGUAUUUGCACCAGAUAUCUCUGGUUCUCAAGGAAGUGUUGCCACCUUCAAUGAAAGCUUAGAUUUAUUCUUUCAAGAUUAUAAUUUAAUUCCAUUGUUUGUUGCAGAGAAUUAUGUGAAUGUAAGAGUUCAUAAUCUUCAAGAUGAUAAAAAAGUGCUUGAUCUAAUGUCCAAAGCUUCAUUGGAUAUUGCUAUGGGAGAUAUAAUCUCAUCUACUAUCAGAUCUUCACGAACAGGUUCAUGGUCAUUAUUGCCUAUACAAGGUAUUUUCAGUGUACUUUCACCUGGUCGUACUCUACGUGGUUCUCUACCCGGUGGUCCUGGUGGUGUUUCAUUCCCUUCAUGGUUUGGAAAAAAUAGUACACAGAAUCGAAUUCAUCGUACAACUUCAGAAUUAGCUUCACACUUACGCUUGGCUACUCAUUGUGGUUCAUCGAAUCCAUUGACUUUAUUAUUGGAUUAUGCUACACCAGUUUCAGAGUUUAUUACUCGUCCAUUGAAAGAAGGUGAUGUUGAUAGUGCUAUGGAACUAUUGGUUAAAUAUCAAAUGGUCAGGGAAGAUGUUGACAAUAUAAUGGAGUUAACCACAUGGCCAAAUCAACCAAAUCGAAUGCAGAAUAUCGAUUCAAAAGUUAAAGCAGCAUUGACACGUACAUAUAACAAAUCAUCUCAUUUAUUGCCAUAUGUCAUCUCAACUGGUGGUUCUUUCAAACGUAAACGUGGUGGUGGUGCUGCUGCUGUGCCUGCAGGUUUAGAGGAUGAAGAUGAUUCUGCUUUGUUCGAUGAUGGUGAAGAGGAAGAAGAAGAUGCAGUUGACUUGAAGAAUGAUGCUAUGAUCUCAGUUAAAAAGACGGAACCGAAAAAACGCACAAACACAGAAAAAUCCAAACCACAAGAAGACCGGGCUUCAUCUUCUGAUGCUGCUGGUAAAGGACGUGGUCGAGGUCGUGGUAGGGGACGUGGUCGUGGAAAAGAUUGAAUUCAUUCAGUCUUUCAUUUCUGUUUUUGUUCUUAUUACUGUCCUUGGUGUUAUCGUAUAUUGUUAUUACUACUUUUUUCUUCUUCUUUUUUGGAGACUACAACACCUCUCUCAUCAUAUUUCUCAAUUUUGUACAAAAUAUAUAAACAACAGAUUUGUUUUAAAUGAAUUUUCGCCGCAUUAUUCAUUUAUUCAUUUACAUUCAUUGCCAUUCAGAUUUCAUUCAUGUAUGCUUAAAAUUGUUGGCAUUUCUACUGCAUUUUUAUAAAAGAAAAACGAUCUCAAUGAAAUAGAUGUUAUGCCAUUUUACGCAUUUUGUGUUUUGUUUUAAUUCAGUUGUAUGCGUGUGUUUAUAUUUGUAUUUUAUUAUAUUACUUUUCGAUCACAGAAGUGAGUUAUUUCCCCCAUAAUUUAUUUUUCUACACG